CGAUGUGGCAUCCUCGUUAUCACUCGGAGCAGGCAUUGAAACCCGCAAAUUACCCGGGCUAAAUGCUAAAGCUUCUGUCUAUCAAAUCGUCAAAUACUUCCCUUUCCGUCGGACGUCCCGAAACGGAAAUUUCACAAACUUCCGUUAGGAUUCUCCUGCCACUCAGUCCAGACUUUGCACAGUCUCUGCCAUGUGGUGACAGGUUGCCGCGCGGCAAGGUCCUACAAGGACUCGAUUCGAUUCGACCCGAUCCGAUCCUACUUCGACCGAAUGGCACUUUGUAGAGAUUCGACCCUUGUAAGUUAUAAGCUAAGAUUGACUCACAGGGUGUUUCUUUCUCAUCGCCAGCCAUGAAGACGUUCCUUUCUCUCUUAGUAGGCGUUAUAAGCUUAUUUGAAUCGUCCGCUGUUGCGAUACCUACCGCAGUGUCUACACUUGCAGAUCGUUCGUCUGCAGGUCCAGUUGGCAGUGAGAUUGCAUGCAAGUCAUUAGCUAGUCUGCAACCAGACGCGCUCUUCGAGGAAGAUUCGCAGAUUUACCACAAUCAGACAGCGCUUGUGUGGUCACAGACCUGCCUUGCGGAGCCGAAGUGCGUCUUUUUACCACGCUCAGCCCGCCAUCUUGCUGAUGGUCUUCGAAUCAUGCGAGGGGCUCGUGUCCCCUUCACUGUUCGGGCUGGGGGUCACAUGCCAGUUCCCGGGGCACAAGAAAGUGACGACAGUAUUUUGGUGAGCCUGUCAGCUUUGAACGGCCGCGAGUUGAGUCCCGACAAAUCCAUCGCUCGCAUAGGGCCCGGCCAGGUUUGGUCUGAUGUAUACAACUGGAUCGCCCCGUAUGGUCUUGCUGUCAACGGCGGUCGCUAUGGCUCUGUGGGCGUUGGUGGUGUGCUCCUAGGCGGUGGCAUCGGCUAUUUUGCUUCUCGCAAGGGGUGGGCUGCUGAUGGUGUUGUAGGAUAUGAAGUCGUGCUACCAGACAGCCGUGUUGUAUACGCGACAAAGACCGCCUAUCCCGACCUUUUCUGGGCUCUCAAGGGUGGUUCCAACAAUUUUGGUAUUGUAACUCGUUUCGAUGUACAGACAUUCACCGCAGGCCCUGCAUGGGCUGGUGCAGCUAUCUGGAAGCGCGAAUCCCUUCCUGCGUUCUUUCAGGCUGCCGUUUCAUAUAUGGCACCAGGAGGCGGCGUAGAAGACGCCGAUGCAGCCAUCAGUAUGAUCAUCGCCGCAACCCCAUCCGAUGAAGUUGUCGAGUCUAUAUUCCUGGGUUUCCGUUCCGGCAGAGAUGUUUCUCCCAAAUCCUUUGAGAACUUCACCGCCAUCAACGCACCAAGCCUAGUCCACGAUUUUGGCCCAAGAGAUAGCUGGACGUUUCUGGCCAAUGCCCUUAACACUCCUGAGUUCGCAUCCCGCAACCUACGACAGCUGUUUUACUCGGUCUCCUUUAAGGCUGAUGCGCGGACCUUCGCCCUCGUUAACGAGACCGUCAUCACAGCCUCACUGACUGGGCUAAAGGAUGUAACCAAUUGCGCUAUCACGCUCACAUAUCAGCCAGUCUCAAAGGCCUGGCUUGAGGCAUCUCGCGCUGCGGGUGGCAAUCCAAUUGACCUGGAUCCUGGCAAGGGAACAUUCAUCGCCGGACUCAUUUCUACAUCGUGGACGAACCCGGCCGAUGACGCGAAGGUCUUGGAAUUUUCUCGUAAGGCUGGGAAAUCUAUCCUCGCGCAGACCAAAAAGCUGGGCCUGGACUAUCCGUACAUUUAUCUGAACGACGCCUCGCCGGGCCAGGAUCCCUAUCCAACGUAUGGAAAGGAUGGGUCAAGUUUGAAGCGCUUGAAGGACAUUCAAAGAAAGUACGACCCAGAUGGUACCUUGAAUAGGCUACUUGGUAAGCCAUUCCCGUUGAGAUAGCUGCCUCUGAGACUAGCAUGGAGGGUGAUUAGUCAUGUAUCCGCGGCCCCAAACACGAGCUGUGUGCUGGUGUGAUAGUUCGACGUAUGAGCAGACCUAUACACGUUCAACGUUGAGCUAGCCUGCCCAAAUCUUACCCUGUACUAUUUCCGAGGCGAUGUGUCAUUUGCAUAUGCAUCGUCAAGCCACGCUUGU